UGAUGGGUCCUCCCAGAGCCUUGGUCCUGUGGAGGCAGUUUCCGUGGCAACAAGGCUUCGCAAAGGAGAAGCAGAGGACUAGGCCGCAUUUCGGUGAUGGAGGAGGCAAAGGAUGCCAAACAGAGGCCGAUAUUGCCUUUUAGGGUUAAAUAAAAAAGAUCGGUGUCCUCGAGAGAUGGAGGAUGAUGGGGAUGAUGGCUUGAAAAACAAAGAAGACAAACAAAAACGACAACGAAGCUUCAAAGCCAACACAUUGGAUUUCAGCAACAUCUACACUGUAGAACGAAUGUGGUUUGACAUUACUUUAACUGGAUUUAGUUUGGCAAGGCACUACAGCCUAGGACCUUGUGGAACUACAACUCCCAGGAUUUCAUAGUAUUAAUGCUCCUUUAAAGGUCAUGCAUGGCUCAAUGCUAUGGGAUCGUGAGAGAUGUAGUUUUACAAGGCCUUCUGCCUAGGAAUUUGUAAUUUGGCAAGGCACCAGAGCCUAGACCAAAGGCCUUGUGGAACUACAACUCCCAGGAUUUCAUAGUAUUAAUGCUCCUUCAAAGGCCAUGCAUGGCACAAUGCUAUAGGAUCAUGGGAGUUAUGGUUUUACAAGGCCUCCCACUUAGGAAUUUGUAGUUUGGCAAGGCACCAGAGCCUAGACCAAAGGCCUUGUGGAACUACAACUCCCAGGGUUUCAUAGUAUUUAUGCUCCUUCAAAGGCCAUGCUUGGCACAAUGCUAUGGGAUUGUGAGAGCCUCCCACUUAGGAAUUUGUAGUUUGGCAAGGCACCAGAACCUAGACCAAAGGCCUUGUGGAACUACAACUCCCGCGAUUUCAUAGUAUUUAUGCUCCUUCAAAGGCCAUGCUUGGCACAAUGCUAUGGGAUUGUGAGAGCCUCCCACUUAGGAAUUUGUAGUUUGGCAAGGCACCAGAGCCUAGACCAAAGGCCUUGUGGAACUACAACUCCCAGGGUUUCAUAGUAUUUAUGCUCCUUCAAAGGCCAUGCUUGGCACAAUGCUAUGGAAUUGUGAGAGCCUCCCACUUAGGAAUUUGUAGUUUGGCAAGGCACCAGAGCCUAGACCAAAGGCCUUGUGGAACUACAACUCCCAGGGUUUCAUAGUAUUUAUGCUCCUUCAAAGGCCAUGCUUGGCACAAUGCUAUGGGAUUGUGAGAGCCUCCCACUUAGGAAUUUGUAGUUUGGCAAGGCACCAGAGCCUAGACCAAAGGCCUUGUGGAACUACAACUCCCAGGGUUUCAUAGUAUUUAUGCUCCUUCAAAGGCCAUGCUUGGCACAAUGCUAUGGGAUUGUGAGAGCCUCCCACUUAGGAAUUUGUAGUUUGGCAAGGCACCAGAACCUAGACCAAAGGCCUUGUGGAACUACAACUCCCAGGGUUUCAUAGUAUUUAUGCUCCUUCAAAGGCCAUGCUUGGCACAAUGCUAUGGGAUUAUGAGAGCCUCCCACUUAGGAAUUUGUAGUUUGGCAAGGCACCAGAGCCUAGACCAAAGGCCUUGUGGAACUACAACUCCCAGGGUUUCAUAGUAUUUAUGCUCCUUCAAAGGCCGUGCAUGGCACAAUGCUAUGGGAUUGUGAGAGCCUCCCACUUAGGAAUUUGUAGUUUGGCAAGGCACCAGAACCUAGACCAAAGGCCUUGUGGAACUACAACUCCCGCGAUUUCAUAGUAUUUAUGCUCCUUCAAAGGCCAUGCUUGGCACAAUGCUAUGGGAUUGUGAGAGCCUCCCACUUAGGAAUUUGUAGUUUGGCAAGGCACCAGAGCCUAGACCAAAGGCCUUGUGGAACUACAACUCCCAGGGUUUCAUAGUAUUUAUGCUCCUUCAAAGGCCAUGCUUGGCACAAUGCUAUGGAAUUGUGAGAGCCUCCCACUUAGGAAUUUGUAGUUUGGCAAGGCACCAGAGCCUAGACCAAAGGCCUUGUGGAACUACAACUCCCAGGGUUUCAUAGUAUUUAUGCUCCUUCAAAGGCCAUGCUUGGCACAAUGCUAUGGGAUUGUGAGAGCCUCCCACUUAGGAAUUUGUAGUUUGGCAAGGCACCAGAGCCUAGACCAAAGGCCUUGUGGAACUACAACUCCCAGGGUUUCAUAGUAUUUAUGCUCCUUCAAAGGCCAUGCUUGGCACAAUGCUAUGGGAUUGUGAGAGCCUCCCACUUAGGAAUUUGUAGUUUGGCAAGGCACCAGAACCUAGACCAAAGGCCUUGUGGAACUACAACUCCCAGGGUUUCAUAGUAUUUAUGCUCCUUCAAAGGCCAUGCUUGGCACAAUGCUAUGGGAUUAUGAGAGCCUCCCACUUAGGAAUUUGUAGUUUGGCAAGGCACCAGAGCCUAGACCAAAGGCCUUGUGGAACUACAACUCCCAGGGUUUCAUAGUAUUUAUGCUCCUUCAAAGGCCGUGCAUGGCACAAUGCUAUGGGAUUGUGAGAGCCUCCCACUUAGGAAUUUGUAGUUUGGCAAGGCACCAGAGCCUAGACCAAAGGCCUUGUGGAACUACAACUCCCAGGGUUUCAUAGUAUUUAUGCUCCUCCAAAGGCCAUGCAUGGCACAAUGCUAUGGGAUCACAGGAGUUAUGGUUUUACAAGGCCUCCCACUUAGGAAUUUGUAGUUUGGCAAGGCACUAAAGCCUAGACCAAAGGCCUUGUGGAACUACAACUCUAGGAUUUCAUAGUAUUUAUUGUCCUUCAAAGGCCAUGCUUGAUACAAUGCUAUGGGAUCACGGGAGUUGUGGUUUUACAAGGCCUCCCACUUAGAAAUUUAUAGUUUGGCAAGGCACCAGAGCCUAGACCAAAGGCCUUGUGGAACUACAACUCCCAGGAUUUCAUAGUAUUUAUGCUCCUUCAAAGGCCAUGCUUGGCACAAUGCUAUGGGAUUGUGAGAGCCUCCCACUUAGGAAUUUGUAGUUUGGCAAGGCACCAGAACCUAGACCAAAGGCCUUGUGGAACUACAACUCCCAGGGUUUCAUAGUAUUUAUGCUCCUUCAAAGGCCGUGCAUGGCACAAUGCUAUGGGAUUGUGAGAGCCUCCCACUUAGGAAUUUGUAGUUUGGCAAGGCACCAGAGCCUAGACCAAAGGCCUUGUGGAACUACAACUCCCAGGGUUUCAUAGUAUUUAUGCUCCUCCAAAGGCCAUGCAUGGCACAAUGCUAUGGGAUCACAGGAGUUAUGGUUUUACAAGGCCUCCCACUUAGGAAUUUGUAGUUUGGCAAGGCACUAAAGCCUAGACCAAAGGCCUUGUGGAACUACAACUCUAGGAUUUCAUAGUAUUUAUUGUCCUUCAAAGGCCAUGCUUGAUACAAUGCUAUGGGAUCACGGGAGUUGUGGUUUUACAAGGCCUCCCACUUAGAAAUUUAUAGUUUGGCAAGGCACCAGAGCCUAGACCAAAGGCCUUGUGGAACUACAACUCCCAGGAUUUCAUAGUAUUUAUGCUCCUUCAAAGGCCAUGCUUGGCACAAUGCUAUGGGAUUGUGAGAGCCUCCCACUUAGGAAUUUGUAGUUUGGCAAGGCACCAGAACCUAGACCAAAAGCCUUGUGGAACUACAACUCCCAGGGUUUCAUAGUAUUUAUGCUCCUUCAAAGGCCAUGCUUGGCACAAUGCUAUGGGAUUGUGAGAGCCUCCCACUUAGGAAUUUGUAGUUUGGCAAGGCACCAGAGCCUAAACCAAAGGCCUUGUGGAACUACAACUCCCAGGAUUUCUUAGUAUUGAUGCUCCUUUAAAGGCCAUGCUUGGCACAAUGCUAUAGGAUCACGGGAGUUAUGGUUUUACAAGGCCUCCCACUUAGGAAUUUGUAGUUUGGCAAGGCACCAGAGCCUAGACCAAAGGCAUUGUGGAACUACAGCUCCCAGGAUUUCAUAGUAUUGAUGCUCCUUCAAAGGCCAUAACACAAUUGUAUGGGAUCAUGGGAGUUGUAGUUCUACAAUGUCUUUCUUUUUUUAAGCAGUUCCAUACUACAAAUCCAAGGUAUUUCAUAGCCGUUAAAAGUUGUGUCAAACUGCAUUUAUUCUACAGUGUAGAGGCAUCCUGGAUUAAAGAAAAACAAAAACAAGUGGAUAUGUGCAAUUCCACAUGGAUUGACAAAAAUCUGAAUUAAAUCGCCCUAAAUUGGCUCAGAAUUCCAAAAGACCUCACCUGGGAUAACCCUGUGUCUAGUUCUGGACAUCAUAAUUCAAGAAGACGAGGACUCAAUGGAGCAAUGGUUCAAACUACAGGCCAAACACAUCUUGGGUUCUGAUGCUAAGAAUUCAAGAGUUGGAAAGAAUCAUUUUGCAAUACAGGAAGAUACAAUCCAAGCACUACUAACAGAUGGCCAUCCAUCCAAGGACUGCUUCAAGGCACCCCCUUUGCACCCUUUACAUUCCUACAAAAUGGUCUUCUAUUCCUCAGUAUGGUUCUCUAGGGCAGAAAACUCCCUUCUGUAUAAAGCUGCUGUUUCCUUGCAAAGAACGAUUGCUAGAGCAAGAAGGCAAAGCAUUGGAUGCAAAAGCUUCUCACUUCAGAUUCAGCUGUUUCUCUUGCUGCUUUUGUUUGGGACCAAGAUGCAACCGACUGAAACAUUCAGCUUUGGGCACUGCAAAGAGACGGCGGACUGGCUUCUGGCCCGGACCACCCAACGGCCACGGAUUGCCAUCAUUUGCGGCUCAGGACUGGGUCCCCUUGCCGACAGCUUGGAGAACCAGGAGUCUUUCAAAUAUACAGAGAUCCCCCACUUUCCACGAAGCACAGUGGCUGGCCACGAUGGCCACCUCAUCUUUGGAGGGUUGAAAGGCAAGCAGUGUGUCUGCAUGAAGGGGCGCUUCCACAUGUAUGAAGGGUACCCGCUCUGGAAGGUCACCUUCCCAAUCCGGGUAUUCAAGCUCUUGGGCAUUGAGACACUGCUGGUCACCAAUGCAGCAGGCGCCUUGGCAGAUUCCUACAAUGUCGGCGACCUCAUGAUCAUCCAGGACCACAUCAACUUGUUGGGCUUGACCGGAGAAAAUCCUUUGCGGGGCCCCAAUGAGGAGUGGUUUGGGCCCCGCUUCCCUGCCCUCUCGGACGCUUACGACAGGAAGAUCCGUACGUUGGCCAUGGAGACUGCUAGACACCUGGGAUACACUUCCUUUGUCAGAGAAGGGGUCUACUGCAUGGUGGGAGGCCCCAACUUUGAAUCUGUGGCAGAGGCUCGACUGUUGCACUUACUGGGAGCAGACGCUGUGGGCAUGAGCACUGCAGCAGAGGUGGUUGUGGCCCGGCACUGCGGCCUCCGUGUCUUUGGCCUCUCGCUGAUCACCAACAAAGUGACCAAGGACUACAAUGUGAAGGUGAGCGUUGACCAUCACGGCGUCCUGGAGGUCAGCAAAAUGCGAACUUCCAUGCUUCAAACGCUCCUCACUGAAAUAGUGGGCAGCCUGGACUGCGGCGAGAGGAAAGAAACCGAGACCUGCUAUCAGAAUGGAGUUUGAAAGCAUCUCCAGAUGUUCGUAGUGAAGCCAAGGAUGCGCUGGGCAGUUGAAUGGGACAGCAAGUGGACAAGGCCACCUCCUGCUAUCUAGACACAAUUGGGACCAGAUAACUGACCUAUUUCAUAGCCCUCAAAGUUUUGCUUGAUGUCUUGGUUUUUAGGCGUUUCUGGGUUUUUUGGGGGUGCUGAUUUUGAAAGUUGCAUUGGAUAGACCACAUCAGCUCUAUUUUUGCCCCGCCCACACUGCCAUAUAAUCCAGAUUAAUGUCAGAUAAUCCACAUUAUCUGCUUUGAACUGGAUUAUAUGAGUCAACAUUGUCACAUAAUCCAGUUCAAGACAGAAAGAUUUUAUACAGCUACGUGAAAGGAGCCUUGGGCCCCUUCCACACAGCGGAAUAAAAUCCCACAUUAUCUGCUUUGAACUGGGAUAUAGGGCAGUGUGGACUCAGAUAAUCCAGUUCAAAGCAGAUAUUGUGUGAUUUUCUGCCUUGAUAUUCUGGGUUAUGUGGCUGUGUGGAAGGGCCCCUAGUCUCUUGGCAGGAAAAAGGUGGAAUAUUGAUUGUAUAAAUAAGAAUAAAUUAAAGAAGCCUUAGAUGUGGUUAUAGUUUUCUAUGGGUGAGCAGAUAUGCUGAUAUAUGGCAUAUGUUCUGUAUCUCAAAAGCUAGAGCCAAUAGGCGGAAACGAGUGGCAUUUUUGGAAUCAAUAGGUCAAAUAAGAGCCAGAAACAGGGCAAACACUGAGGCCCCGUCUACACUGCCAUAUAAUCCAGAUUAUCAAAGCAGACAAUCCGCAUUAUGUGCUUUGACCUGGAUUAUAUGAGGCCCCUUCCACACCGUCCUAUAAAAUCCAGAUUAUCUUUGAACCAGAUUAUAUGGCAGUGUGGACUCAGAUACUCCAGUUCAAAACAGAUAAUGUGGAUUAUCUGCUUUGAUAAUCUGGAUUAUAUGGCAGCGUAGAAGGGGCCUGGGACACCAAAAUGUGUGCUGGCUAGUGGUUUACAUUUCAUAUUUUAUUUUUCUUUAUGGUGCAUAUAUUAAGGGGUUGACCUCACUCUAACUACCACGGCUCAAUGCUAUGGAAUAAUGGGUUUUAAUAGCUCUGUGCAAGCUCUUUAGCCUUCUAGGCGAGGUUAUGAUUCCAUAAAAUUGAGCCAUGGCAGUUAAAGUGGUAUCAAACUGCAUUCAUUCUACAGUGUAGACCAGGCAUGGGCUAACUUGGGCCCUCCGGGUGUUUUGGACUUCAACUCCCACAAUUCCUAACAGCCGGUAGGCUGUUAGGAAUUGUGGGAGUUGAAGUCCAAAACACCCGGAGGGCCCAAGUUGGCCCAUGCCUGAGCUAUAUACUUCCCUUUUUUAAUUUUUGUAUUCUUUCCUCCCUGUUAUUUUUUUCCUUUCCCACCUGAAAAAAAAACAAAACAAAAUUAAGAUAUAUACAUAAUAAAGAUAACAUUUACAAGAGA